UACUAACAACAUUCGGGGAAAUCAAUGAGACACACUGCUAUAAAAAAACACACACUGCUAUAAAAUAUUAUUUACAUUAAGAAAGGUUGCAUUAAAGCUAUUGCAUUAUUGACUUCUUAUCCAUUUGCAUAUGUCUUUCAUUUUGCUUUAACACAUAUGACUUAGUCAUAUUGAAUCUAAAAAAAAAUCCAUGUUUUACAUUUGAUUUGUGGUGCAGACAUAAGAACAGACCAGAGAAUAUAAAAGCCUGAGUGGUAAAAGUUUUGUUCUGUAUUUCAACAGUGCAUUAACAUAUUCCUGUAGUCUAAGGCCUGUCACAUCUUUUGUAAUAUUUUUUAUUUUGUAAUCAAAAUGGUUAAAAAGCACUUUAAAAGGAGUCUUAUAGAGUUUUUCAGUGUGGUUUCAUUUGCUGGUUAUCUAAGAUGGUGACUUUUUUGCAUUGAGAGCAUCACUUGAGGGUUUUUUUUAACAACUUGUCUUUUUGUUUCUUUGUAUUUGUGUUUUACAAUUUUUAAACAUCCUGCUGAAAUUUUACUGCUAGUUGGUGCUUUCAAUUCAGGAGUUUGUGCAGUAAAUAAUAACCAAAUAAGUACAGUUUGGUAGUGGUCAUAUUGAUCCUUUCUCUUUGUCUUUCUUGAACUUUUGGAACAUCUGUCUUAAAGCAAACAUUACAUUCAACACCUUCCACCUGUUAAUUUGAUCAUUUAUUGAGACUUGUUUUAUAGCACAAUGCCAUAUAAGUACAUUUUAUCAUGUGUGUUAUUAUAUACACAUGCACUGUAUAUUAUAUUUAUAGUCAGCUGUAUUCUCAAUUUAUUUUGCCAUCACUUUCCCUUGAACUAUUUUUUAUUUAUCUGGUUAUUUCUAUUAAAAAGCUUAAUAGACAUGUUAAACCUUUAUUUCUAUCACUAUGUCAACGUGUUUGAGUGACAGUUAGUUUAGAAAUAUAAAACAGUCAUCAGUCUGUAGGACAGAAAGUGUCAUUUCAUGCCCGGGCACAUUUCACUUUAGUGUUUUUCUUUCCCAGACCUGAGAGUAUGGUCUGUCAUCUGCAAUCUACUCCGAAAGCUCCCAGUGUCUCCGAGGCCCAAUCAUUUGAGUUGCCUAAGUCUGACUUGGGUGUGGUUGAGAAGACGCUUUUGAGUGCAGCUUCACAAACUAUUACCUCAUCUGUCAAAGUCAGCGCAUUCACUUCCCCCUUGGCUGAGGUCAAGUGCAUCCUGUCACAGGAGUCAACAGAGAUGAAGUCAAUAUUCACGGAAAACGAGGAGAACUUAGAGCUACAAAUCGAGCCUACAAAUUUGCACAAUAAUCAAACAGAUCAGAUUGAGAAAGAAAUUAACCUUGACUCAGAGGUGACAUUUAGCCCAGAAAAUAUUAAUUUUGAUCAGGGGUAAGUCUAGCAUGACAUAGCAUGGCUGCGUUAAGUGUUUCACCAUGCAUGUACAUUAACUGAGCAGUUCUUAUAGGUGUUAGCUUUAAUUUUAGAGCAUGCAUCUGUUUUCCUUUGUGUAAACAUGCAGUGUUGGUCAUUUUACUUUUGUCUAUGAAACACUACUUUAUCUGACAUGAAUUUCGCUCUCCCUGUCUCUCAGAGAAAAAAACCUUGGUGCUUUUCUUCCCUUUUGUCCAACACAUAUUUCCCCUUCAUCACAAUUCACAUCAACAUGUGACACAGAUCAAAGUCAAAGUGGAGUUUUGCGUGUCGUCGAAUCAACUAGUAUAAGAGAGGAAGUCAAUAAUAUGCCAAUUAACUCUAACAAAUCAGAUCAGGACUAUGAAGCUGUGAAACCUAUUGUGGAUAUGUCUGGAUGUUCUGAUAAGGCAGACAACAGAUCACAAUCUGGACUGAUCCAUAAGGCAGAAAAAGAAGCAGAUGAUAGUGAGCCAUCGCAAUUUUUUCUGUCUGAUGUUUCUGGAUUUCUAUCUGUGGAGGAUAUUAAAAUGAAAGCGGAUGUACAGUGGCCUAAAGAUGAAAGUCUGCUACAAGAGGAGAGCCAAGAAAAAAGAAUAAAAACAGUGGCCCCUAAGGAUACAGAAUAUCAAGACAGACAAGGUUCUGGACACAUGGAUAACCCACAGUUAAGUGAGAGUACUAUUCUCUUUCUUCAGUUAUCAAAGGAUGAUAAUUCCAAAAUAUGCAGACAGCCAGGCAUGGUUAGUAUUCUACCAUCGUGCCCAAAAGCUUCACUUAUACCUGGCUUGCCAUCCUUAUAUUCUACAGAUAAUGCCAUAAAAUGGCAAUUAACCGAAGGAUCAAAAAGAAUAAUGGCAUGCAAAAAGGAACAAGCUAAGAAUAUUCACAAUUCAGGAAUACAGCAUCAUGACAAUAAAAUACUGAAUGAAAAUAUUUUACUAAAGCCAACUUGCUCAAAAACGGUCAGCAUUCCAGGAUUUCCAUCUGUGCCCCUCGAUACUAAGGACAUACCAAGUAGUAUUAAUUUCCUUCCAACUUGUCCUAAAACGUCAAGAAUUCCUGGCCUACCUUCAAAACUACAAUUUACAAUCUCAGAACAUGACAGCUGGUCCAAGAGUAACAUCAUGUUGUGGGAAAGAAAACAUUGCAAAAAAAAAGUGCAAAUCCUCCACUCAUUUUCAGAGAGCUCAGAUAUGAUUAAGGCAAUGAUUCAGCUUAGACCGUCUUGCUCAAGAGCAUCAAAGGUUGCUGGAUUUCCAUCUACCGCAACAUCCAUACCACAAAAACCUCCAUGUAUCGUAAAUAUGUUACCAUCUUGUCCAAAAAUUUCCAGUAUUGCAGGGUUUACUUCAUUGUUUCUCUGUACUGAACAAGAUGUUUCAUCCUGCCCAUUUGACAGCACACAAUUAUUUGUUAUGCAAUCCAAGAAGGAUAACGUAAGGUCUAUUCAUAACGUGGGAAAGCCAUAUGAUGAUAUUACACAAGUGAGAAAUAUGUUUUCUCUUACAUUAACAUGUCCAGCAACUGCUGCUCCUGGUUUUCCCUCUAUACCAAAAGAUAUUGAAAAACUCCCUAAUAUGUUUAAUCUAAGUCCAUCUUGUCCCACAACUUCAAAAGUUUCUGGCAUGCCUUCGAAAUUGCUAUUAACUGAGUUAGAUGGUGAACAUAAGUAUAAGGAUAAUGUAAUACUGUUGAAAAGACAACUGAGGAAAAGUGACCCACACGUUCUUUUUAUAUCCACAUAUUAUGCAGUAUCAGCCAAAUCAAUGAGUCUUAUAAGGACCACGUGUUCAACACAAUCAAAAAUUCAUGGAUUUCCAUCUGCCCCUAAGCAAAGACCUCAUUAUAAAGACCCACAUAUUGUAAAUAUGAUGCCAUCUUGCCCAAACAAUUCAAAGAUUGUUGGCUUCCCAUCCAUAACUGUUAGAACAGAUCAAGAUAUUCAGAAAUGGAGAUUAAGCAAUGAACAAAUUACUAAAAUGCCAAAGAAGAGACAAAGAAGGGACAUUAUUCUAAGUCAAGUUUUGGACACAUUUGAAGAAGACACUGAUUUUACAAAGACUAUGGUGACCUUAAGGCCAUCAAUCCCGCAAAAAGCACAUUCUCCUGGCUUUCCAUCCUUAUCGCCACAAGACCAUCAGUACUCGCAGUGCAUGAUUAAUCUUCUUACCUCUUGUCCAAAAGCUUCUUGUGCUCCUGGAAUACCAUCUGUUCUCAACACCGAAUCUUUUUCUGAUAAAUGGCCAGUGGACACCGAGCCAUUAUGGAUCAAAAGAAUCAUGAAUACAUCUUACUGUUCCAUACUUUUAUUUCCACCUCAGUAUGAGAAAAUAGACAACAAAGAUGGCAUACAAAGUAUAGUUCUAUUAAAACCAUCUUGCCCAAGAAAAGCAAAAAUUCCUGGCCUUCCAUCUGCACCACCACCAAUAUCAGAAGAGCAUAUUAUGGUUGAAACCUGUUUCCCAAUGCGGUUAGGGUCAUCUUUCAUCUCAAGCUUUUCUAUGACACAAGUUCCUAUAAUUCUAACAGAGGAAAAUGAACCUUUGAAGAAGUGUGAUAUUGUUAUGCAGCAUUUAACAAACAAUUCUGCUGUAAAUGAAGUGACUCAUAUCAAUACAAAUGAAAUGAACACUAGUUCACUGGAGGAGACAAAUGUGGAUAUAGGAUUAUGGCCAGGAAGUGAUGAAGGAGAAAAGGGAAUUCUGGAGAAUGGGUAAGUUUGGGACAGUUUUGCAAUGUAGAAAAUGUUUUACAGUCAGUGGAUAGUGCACAGAAUAAUUUUUUAUAAACUUUGUGUUCAGCAAAGUAGACUGCAGAAUGUGGCACUCGCUACCUUCAGACAUGUCAUUGUUACUCACUGCUGGAGAGAGAACUGAAUGCACAGAUGCCAAGUUCCCAACAACACACACAGAACAAUCUGCUUGUGAUGAGUAUGCAACUGAGAACCUGACACAAAGACCAGAGCAAUUUGCAUCUAGAUAUGAGGAUGAAAAAGAGAGAGUGGAAGACAUGUGUAAUUUGGAACCCUUAGUGUGUAAUACUCAGUCCAAACUACAGCAGGCCCAGUGGGUACCCAACAUGGCUGAUCUUUUUCCAUCAUGUCCAAAAGUUUGUAAGAUCCCUGGAUUUCCAUCUACAGCUUUGACAAUUGCUUAUGAGACAGAGGGAAUGGACUGGUCCAGAGAUGCAUAUAUAUUGUGGAGAAAGAUAAUGGGAACAAAAAAAGUAGAACCCAUUCAGUACAUCUCUCAGUAUGAUAAAGAAAUGCUUGGAAAUAUGGUAUCUUUGGCUUAUUCAUGUCCCGGUAAAACAAGUAAUAUAGGUUUUCCUUCUGUCAUUAGCAGAGAAACAUUAGAAAUAUCUGCUAUAUCUACAUCUUGUUCCAAGAUAUCCAGAGUAGCAGGUAUAUCAUCAGGCUCCCUAAUUCAAGAGGACAAGCCUCAUGUGGAGUGGCUAAACAGGAAAGAAUGUUUUUGGGACAAGCCAGCAAAGGACAAAAUGGCCCUCAUCAGAAAUAAACCAGUACAAUAUACUGAGAUUUCCAGUAUAAUGGGGGCUAUUGUUCCAACUUGCCCUCAGAUAGCACUCAUUCCUGGUUUUCCAUCUGUACCAUGCUCCAAAAACAGAUGGAAGGGUGGAACCUUGGAAACUAUUUUGUCAACAUGUUCAACAGUAUCUGAAGAGUCAGUAGCUCCUGGGCAUUUAAGAAAGGCAUUAGAAGCUCAGGCAGAUGGAUUAUCCAUUACAUUAAAACUUCAGGCAAACGUGGUUCAGAGUAUGUCAAGGCUUUUUCCAGCAUGCCCAACGAUCUCUCGAAUUCUUGGAUGUCCAUCUAUACAAGAAUCAUAUAAUCUAGAGUGGGGCCAUUAUCAGAAGCUAUAUGUAAGCAAACCAUUAAACGAAAAAACAGUUAACUUUACAGAAGCUGUUAAGCAUGCAGAUGAUGUAUAUAAAAAUAUGACUUUAUUACCAACAUGCCCAAUUGCAGCAUGCUUUUCAGGUUUUCCAUCUGCAAAGCAAAGUAAAGGCCAGGAGCCAAACAUGCAAAACAUUCGUCCCACUUGCCCAAUGCUUUCCUAUAUAGCUGGAUGUCAGAGCAUACAGAUCCUCUGGUCAUCAACAUGGCCAACCAAACAAAUCAUUCUAAUGGACAGGCAAACUAAGAAUCCUACAUUAAUUAUAAACCAAGCAAAAGAGAAAACGAUGCUUGAAAGCAAUGUUGCUUUGCUGCCUACUUGUCCAUUUAAAACCUGCAUUUCAGGUUUCCCAUUUGUACCAGAACCAAAAAUGCAAAAUAUGUUUCCCUCUUGCCCCAAAAGGUCUAACAAUGUUGGAUUCCCUUCUAAAGAGGAACAGUGUCUGUAGAUUGGUUAGUUGAUAGUCUGAACAUAAUUCAGUUCUGCUGCAGUGCACAGACACAUAAGUUAUUUUUUAUUGAGGACAAACUAUAUGAGACUAGAGACUCAAUGAAAGGUAUGUUUGCUUUAGCUCCAACUUGUCCAACACUGACAGUAAUACCAGGAUUCCCAUUUGCACCAAAAACUAAAGUGUCUCAAAGUAUGGUAAAUCUUCAGCCAUGUAUUCCAAAAUCUUCAAGAAUUGUUGGACUUCAAUCAAGAGAGAAAACACAUACACAAUUAUGGCUUUUAGAAAAAAAGCCUUUGUGGGAGAAAUUAUCAAAAACAGAAUCAGAUAUUCUUGACCAAUGUUACCUUUCCUCCCUAUUUGAAAAGUUAGACCACAAUUACACUUUGAAGAAAAUGGCUGCUUUGGUGCCAACCUGCCCAAGAGAAGCUCAAUCCCCGGGCUUUCCCUCUAUACCUUAUAUCAAAGUUGAUCAAUUCUAUUUACAAACAGAGCCAGACAUAAUAAGUGUACUGAAUUCUUGCCCAGGUGUUGCUCUUGUUCUAGGAUUUCCUUCGGUACAUUCAAUUGACUUAGCGGAGUCAUCAUGGAAAGUUCUGAAGAAUCCAAUAUGGGCUAAACCUGAACGAAACACAAAAUCAAUUUUCCUUUCAAGUACAACAAAGCAUUAUGACCAAUGUCUAAGAAUUAUAUUGCUUGCACCAACAUGCCCUGAUAAGGCUAGAAUUCCUGGAUUUCCAUCUGUGACAAAGUUAACAUAUGCAAUGACUGCUCUCCUAUCAUCUUGCUCGUACGAAUCGAAUUUACCUGGAAUGCCAUCUAGGAAAGAUAUACCCCAAGAUUUUUCUCCAGUCGACAGAAUGUCUCCUUUGAUGCAUUUUGGAGAAAAACCAUUAAAGUCAAAGACACUUUUGGUUUCUAAUGAUUUUCCUACAGUGGAGGAUAAAACAGUUAUGUCCACUCUGGUAUACUGUUGUCCAAGAAAAGCAAGAAUUCCUGGAUUUCCAUCAGUACCUUCUAAACCUUCUACCCAAACUGGCAUGUCUGAACCAAAUCCCAACCAAACCCAGAUCCAAACAGAUUCUGAAAAGGCACUGUGUGAAACACCUAAUAAGAUAGACAAAUUGGACUUAACUGGUGAUUUCAAACUAUCUGAUAAAUCCCCAGAAAUAAAAAAGUCCAAAGAAAUCCAUGAAGGAAGUCCACUGCAAAAAAUGCAGUCCCUGGAAGAACACACUGCUGAGCAGUCAUCACCAAGCAAAACCCAUGUCACUACAGACUUCCCAGAGAUUGAUAUAGCAUCUGAAUGGGAGGUACUUGAUGCAGAGGAUCCUUUUACAGAAAAUGAAGGAUCUUCAGGUCUUGUUGAAACCAUAGUUGGUGUUUUUCACAAAGGUUUUGAGACAGUAGCCGCAAUGUUGCAUCCGUCUGGUUUUGAAGCGGAUGUGGAUUCCCCCUGUGGUUUAGUGGAUCCUGAAAACACUAUUAGUGUGAAACCCAGACAGCCGCAGUGUGAACCUACUGAGGGGCCAAUUCUACAAAAAACAUUACAUGUUUCAUCAACUGAACCUCAAGAGUUUUAUUUCCCUGUAAGUCUUGAACCAUACAAAUGGCGCUUGGCUGACAGUCGAUCUGAGACCUCCUUGUGCUCUAAAGAUGUGGAAAGCUGGCUUACUGGAAAUAAAGAACAUAGCCAAAUGAAGAAAUGGCCUCCAUUAACAGAGGCAGACCUACAUGAGAUUACCCAAGAUCAGAAAGAAAAUGUCCCACACACUUUACUUCAAAUUAGUGAACAAACCAAAAAGAAAAUGUUUAACCUUGAGGGGAAUACUGAAGAGUUUCUAGAUGAGCCAUACUUGAAAGAGAAGGGGCCUCAGAAUCAAAGUGCUCAAGAGAUCUCUGCGCUUAUCCAGGCUACAUGCAACAAGCAUCGGAGAGAAGAGUUAAGGACAUUCUCUGUAACAUCCCCACAGAAACAUGCUGGGGCUAGAAAGGACGAGACUAGUCAACCUCCACAAAUGCAGGAGACUAGUAGAAACUCUUGGCUUCAAGAAUCGUCUUCGGUGGAAGUCCUGAAGGACAAAAGACCAAUUUCUCCUUGUCCAAAUGCAUCAAUGGCUUCACCUUGUGGCAGCAAAAUAAACAGCAGUUUGACUGACGAAUCCUUACACACUAAGGAACGUGUAUCUGUUGUUAGCCAGACUGAAUGUCUAUCAGAUAUAUCUCAAAACAAAACUAGAUCUAUCGUUGACGAUAAGAAGUUGGACAAUUCUGUUACAAUUGUAGAUAAAGAUUUUACUACUAAACCCUUGGAGCAGAGUCCCACUGUUCUACCUGUUCCAUUGCCUCGGGUUAAGAAGCGCCUUAGUGCCUCUUUACCAGAUGAGUACAGUAUAGAAAGUGGUAUGACUGAAAUAAGCACUGGUUGUAUUUGCGCCUCAGACAAUAAUGAGAUGUCAAGUCAUGCAAAAGUGUCUGACCUUUCUAAAGGUAGUGAUGCUGAAAAUAAAAUAAAAUUGCGGAAAAGGAAUCAAGUGUCGCCUGCAAACAUGUCUGACUCUGAAAUUGACAUGAAAGUAAUUACUGAUGUGCAGCCUGGCAAAGAGACAAAAGAUGAAAGAAGGCCAGAGCAAACUGCAUCUGAACUGCAAGUGAAGUCAGUAGAUCAAGUCAAGCCCACAGAACCCCUACUGCCAAUGGCACGUGUGAGGAAGCGUUACAGUGCUUCUUUUAAUGAUGACGUUCCAUUUCUCCAUGAUCAAGGACAAAAAGAGGCACAUCCACCAGUUCCGGCUCCUCGUUCAAAAAAACGCCUUAGUGCUACUUUCCCGGAUGAAAAUACUUGUGAAGCGAAACAUGGCGUCUCUUUUAUGGAUCAAACUGAAAGCACAAAACCACUCGUUUCAGGAAAAGAGUCUUCGUUAGAGUUUAUUAAAAAGACUGCCGAUGGGCUUGAGCUAGGGGGUAACAAAUCUUUUAGUAGCGCAUUAGUUACAGCCUGUCCAGAGACUUCCUCCAUUAUUUACCUCCAUCCUUCUGCUGAAGCCUUACCUGUAAGUGAGACUGCCACAAGCAAUGUUCCUGAAAAUGUGGGUAACAUACAAAGACAAGAAGGGAGAUCCAGUGAGGAAAAUCAGGAUGUAGAAACAACUGUGAAGAAUGUUAAUCAGGGAAAAGGAGAAGAUAAGGUUCAUUUGGCUACUGUGUCUUUAAAUGAAACUGCUGCUACAUUAGAUUUAAAGAGACAAGCCAUCAAGAUUCUUCAAGCCAGCCUGUCCCCAGGCCUCGUGUGAAGAAACGUGCUUCAUUCCCAGAUGAUGCCUCGGUUUCCAUUGAUGAUAAAACCCCUCCAGAGAUGGGUUCAACUAGCAACAUUAGUCAGUCAGUUCUCAGCAAAAAGAAAUCAGAGACAGAAGCCAUGGUUCAUCAUGCAA